ACACUUGACACUAUGUCUCUUUUUUUCUCUCUCAUACAAGUCUCAGAAUUGGUCUCCCAAAAAUCGCCUCUCAGAUAUGCUUGUCACUAGAAUCUCGGCUUCUUCGGGGUUGUUUUCGCCUGAAGGUAGCUAGCGUUUGCAUCUUCAACUUCUUGCUGUAUCCUCACAUGAUUCUAUAGUAUACUAUCCUUGUUGAAUUUAUCAAACAUUAAACAACCUUAUAGUUAGCCAGUUGGCCAACCUCCUAAACCCCACCUGAGAAAUUAUUCAAGGUGCAUUGGGUAUUUGAAUCACAAUACCCUCUUGAAAAACAGAAAAAAGGCCUCUUUAGAAAAAUACUACAUCAUAAUUGCUUCAUUACCAAAUCGUUGAAAACUGAAAAGCUUGUACCAUGGAUACUGUAACCAAUCUUUACCGUAGAGCUAAGAAUUUGUUUGAUGGAGUAGACUCUUACCUUGUUGGAAACGAUCAACGAAGGUUAUUAAUGUCCAGACUAAAGAAGAUCAAGUUGAUGCUCUCGAGCGCAUCCGAUCAACUGAAUGAGAUGGGCGGGCUCGGAGCUUUCGACAAAGAGCUGGAGAUUAAACUCAAAUAUGGACUCAACAGGGUGGAGUUCCUUAUCUUUGAGACGUGGAGAUUCCAAUCAUCUGGCCAAGGUACCACUAAACCUUGUUGUGACAUCAAUUCUUUGUUUUCUCAUCUUUUAGUGAUAGGAGGAUGUAAUAAAAACAAAAGGUACUUGAGAAAACUAGCUAAGGAUGUUCUGCUAACGUUGCCUUCGUUUGCCAAUCCGGUUAACGAAGGACGGUCUUUUGUGAAAGAGGCAGCCAUAAUAUUUGAAAGAAAUAGUGAGCGCGAGUAUAUUAAAAGCUUGUUGCUGCAAGAGCAGGAUCCAGAUCUUGCUGGUGUCUCGGUUGUUCCUAUUCUUGGAAUGGCCGGCGCCGGGAAAACAUGUCUUACACGCUUUGUCUUUAACGAUCGUAGAGUCCAAGACCAUUUUGAACUGAAACUUUGGCUAGACAUUUCUGGACUUUCUAAUAGUGUAGAAUUACUGUUUAAAGUUGUUGAAAAUUUUAAAAUUGAUUUAACUCUUACUACGUACACACAUCUUACACAUCAAGACUUAUUAAAAACAUUUUUAGAUGGCAAACAAUACUUGAUUGUGUUAGAAAACCUGUCUGUUGUCAGUUCCAAGAAACAAGAAAGCAAAAAAACAAAAACCAAAACCAAAAAAGAAAAAGGGAAUGGUGGGGAGUGGUUCGAUAUGUUAAGCAAUUUGCUGGAUGCCUCUGCUAAUUGUAAAUCUGGUAGCAAGAUAUUAAUCACCUCGAGAUCGACAUCAUUAAAGCAUCGUGCCUUUCGUCGAUUGCCAAUGGCUAAAGGUGCACCCUACCUGUUAGAAUCACUUUCCCAAAAUGAGUCCAUGGCUUUGUUUAAGAACAUAGCAUUCAAAAAGAUAGCAGAAGAGGAUAGAAAUCCGCGUCUAAUAGACAUUAGUACUGAAAUUUUUAACAAGUGUGCCAAUAAUCUACACGUAGUAACAAUCGUAGCUUCCAUUCUUUCUUCUGAAUUUACUAAUCUGGAGACAUGGCAGUAUGUCAAUGCUAUGCUCGCAAGCAUAGAGAAUCCUGUAGAAUCUAUUCAGUUAGUAGUAGACGAAAUACAAAAAGUCAACCGAGAUAAAUUAUUGACUCACACAUCUUUGUUCCCACUUGGCUAUAAAUUUAGUAAGGCUGAUUUGCAGCCGCUUUGGGAUCACUUAGGGUCCCAUGGUGUGAACACAACAGAAGAGUUUGAGAAAGAAUUUGAGAAACUUGUUGUGAUGGGAUAUUUCUUUGAAGAUAGGGAAACAGAUAAAACUGGUGACAGAGUCUACUAUAAGGCACAUAUAUUAAUGCAUGAGGUGGUGAAGUAUCUAUCAAGAGAUGGGUAUUGUUUACUGGAUAAGCCUACAAAGGCUGUUGAGGCUGACAUCAUUCGACAUGCGAGCUUCAUUGUCGACUCUACUUGGGAAGUUCCAUCCUGGCUUCAGUGUGCCGAACAAUUGAAUUCUCUCUCUUUUCUCCCUAAAGAAUCAUGUGAGUCGGUUAGUAUUGGCAACAUUGAUGAAAUCUUUGCAAAAUUGAAAGCUUUACGUGCUUUAGAUUUGGUAAUGGUACAUUUUAAAAGCUCACCAGAUUUCAUAGGGGAAUUGAAACAGUUGGUAUACCUCAGACUUGGUAUCUCCCUUGAAUCUUUUCCCAAGUGCAUUCUAAACCUGAAAAACUUGCAAACUUUAGAUCUUCGUCACACAGCCAUUAAGAAACUACCAGAAAAUUUCUGUGAAUUGCGGCACUUGGGCUAUUUGUAUACUGGUUGUCGACUCAUUGAUCUGCCACCUUCGUUUGAGGAAUUAGCGAGCCUACAAAACUUAGACGAAUUCAUAGUAGGAGAGAAUAAUGGGCUAGACGCACUGGCUGAACUGAAAUUUCUUGUUGGGAAGCUGAAGAUCCGUUACCAAGAAGGUCGUGAGAAGCACACUGAACUGGUAAAUGCAAAAUUCUUAGCAACCAAUAACUUAGAAGACUUGUCAUUAUCUUGGUCUUCUCGGAAAGAAAAAUCAAUCGAAGAUGUUCAUCAGAAGAGAGAUGCCAUGGAGUUUGAAUUCUUGCGACCUCCUUCGACUCUCAAAAGCUUUGUUGUUAAGGGUUGGAAGGGAGUGAACUUUCCAAAAUGGGCGAUGGAUCGGUUCGCAAUCUUACUCAAGAAUCUCGUGUCCUUAAAUAUAGCAGACUGUCAUAAUUGCCAACAUCUUCCAUCAUUCAAUUCACUUCGUGCACUUAGGUCCCUUCAACUUUGGGGACUCACGGCCUUGAAGUGGAUAGAGAUUUGUGUUGAUGAUGGCAAUGUUUCUGCUUCAAAAACUGCAUACUUUCCGUCCUUGAAGUAUCUUAUGUUGGUUAAUUUGCCAAAACUAAAAGGGUGGUCAAAUAUGCAAAAGCGUGAUGUUAAACGGCGACAAGAAAAGCAUGAGAAACACAGAUAUGUACCACAGCAGAUUUUGAAGUGCCUAUUUGAACUCAAAGUAAGUGGCUGCCCAAAGCUGAUGUCGAUGCCUCUAGUCCCAAGCCUUGAGACACUUGAGGCAGUUAACAUUCACGAGAAGCUGCUUAAACAUCUCUUGAAUGCCCAUGAAUCGGCAGAAUCAUCGUCAGAUUCAUCCGCAUCUCCUACACUCAGAGAGCUACAUAUCAACUCUGUUCAUAAACUAGUCUCUCUCUCAAUCACUAUAUCUUGCUUACAGGUUCUAACUAUAAGAGAGUGUAAAGAAUUAACCAGUUUGCUGGUUGAAUCUCCUAACUCUCUCAAACGACUUAAAAUUCAAGCUUGCCCCAGUUUGAAAAAUAUACUGGGUGCAUUGCACAAUCUCAAUGUCCUCGAAGAACUGAAAGUUGAGAGCUGUGAAAAUUUAAGUUGGGGGGGUAAAAUAGAGGACGCUGAUGGAAGUGGUGAUGACAGUGAAAGAGCUGCUUGGCAAGGCCUCAAGAGUCUUCUGUCUUUCACACUGACAAACAUCUCUAAGCCCGAACCUCUGCCACGCGGCCUGAGUUAUGUAAGAACACUUAAAGAGCUUUCUCUCUGUUGGCUUUACAAUUUAAGUGUCCUCCCAAAGUCAAUUGAGCAACUCACCCAGCUUAAUCGGCUUGUCAUUCAAUGUUGUCCAAAAGUGGGAAAAAUUCCGGAGUUCUUCCCCAACCUCAAGUCUUUAAAUCAACUGGAGAUUAGAGGAUGCACCAAGCUACAGAGAAGAUGUAAUCAGCCUGAUGGCGAAGAUUGCUAUCUUAUUGAACACAUCUCUGACAUCGAUCUUGGUGAAUUGCCUAAACCGCGAAGUUCCUAAUUCUGUGUCCCAGAAGCCUUGAUCCCCCGGCAAACAGCGGGUUUUAAAGCUACAUUAAGAUCAUUAUCAUCCUAAUCUUAUGCAGAUGAUACAACCACAAUUCUGUUAUGAGAAAAUGGAUGAGCUUCAUCUAGAUGCAUGAGUAGUCUGUGUGUAUUAAGGAUGAUCAAAGUUACAGCAAAUCAUAAGCUUUUCCCUGGUCGUUUUGCUAGGCGCUAGCAAUCUCGACGUACCAUACAAUUUCUUUAGUGUUGUAUUCUUGUAAACAUAAAUCAAUUAGAUUACAAACUUUUUUCUGCACACAAAGAAUGAUACAGUUUUCUUGUUAUUAGUAUCAUUGCAGUUUUCUUCUUGUUGUAUAAAAUCUUACUACCAAUUAUAAAUGAAUUGAAUACUUGGUUAUUCACUUAUUCUACA